CAACUACAAAAAUGACUUGCUCGCUUGUGUCCAGAAAAAAUGCAGAGUUCUCAGAUAUUGUUUUGGAUUUUGUUUAAUAAUGUUCUCCUGCUCGUAUGUACAAUCGGUGGACGAGGGAAGGCUGCAUUAUUAGAGGCACAGAUUAUUUUUACAUGUUGGUUGGUUUGUUGGUCGAGGAAUGAUCGAAUGAAGCACGGUGAGCGUCUCAUCUCGACCACUCUCGCUCCUCAGUUGUGUUUGCACCUUUGCACAGGUAACUAACUCUGCGUUCUACCUGAAAAUCAGACCCAAGUGAGACCUUAGUUCUUCCUCUUGAGAUAUAUGUUCACAAUAUACAUUUGAAUAAUAAUAAUAAUUCUGCUGCUCCAUUACUUGCGAGCCAAGUGUCAACCGUGUCCUUCCCCUGGUCAGUAUGGUGUGAAAAGGGACUGCACUCUGGAGAUUUACCAAUAAUAAUAAUACCCAACUCGUUCAUUUAUUUAUGAGACUAUUACUGAGUGACUGAUAUGCUUCUCUCAAAUGGUGUCGGUCUUGUCCGCUCUUGCCACAACCUUUACACCUUUACCUGAGAAUCAGUCGCAUUAUUAUCUUUAGGAGAUAGUUGACGAGGAAGGAAGGUGCGGUUUUGGUGGAAUAAGAAUAUUAUAACAUUUUUGGGAGUUGUGAAAAUUCAAGUGCUUAUUCUUCAUCCAAAAGGCGCAUUAUUUACAGUUGCGACUUGAACAUUGUCAUUGUCGUCGUCGUCGUUGUCGUCAACGGCCCCACCCCACGUAGCGUAUGAAGUGGUAUGAAUUUCAUACAGGAUUUUUGGACAGUUUGUUUUUGGCCAAAUUGUAAACUGAGCUGAAUAUAGUGGUCAGUGAGGCUGCCAACCUGGCGUCUUUCGCCAUUUAACUUUCGUCUACAUUUAAGAAGCGUGCUUUACACAGUUUCGUUUUGACUCUAAAAGUUUGGUCUGCUGCACUUUGUGAUUGUUUCAGAAAGAAAUGUGAAUAUGUGCCAGUUGUCCACGUUUAAUUACCCAGCGGUUUCAGCUCCUUUACUUUGUAUAAUGUAGAAUUAUUUGUUACAUCCUCUCUGAAAUGAGCCAGACUUACAACAAAAUACAUAACAAACUAUAACACAAUGGAGGAACUGAAGGCAAUUAAGAGCCGUGACCCUAAAAAUGCGUCCAACGGAAUAGUAGCAAUCCAUCCUGAUGAAUUUCUGGCCUUUCGUGAAAAUUUGGGAUUUUGCAACGCGUAAUCAUUCACCACUUCUCCGAGAAAUUCUCAAUCCCAUCAAAUUAUAUUGCAUAAUUCUACAUAAACUACCUAUUUAGAAGUAUCAAUAACACAAUAAAGUGGACACAGAUAAGUGAGCAGAUUGAUAACACGUAGUAGUACAUAUAUGCUAGCUACCUAUGCAUAUAUGUGUGCAUACCGCAUAUAUUUUUAACACACACGACGACGAGAGCUUACUCGUGGUGAGUGCGAAGUGCUGAAGUGAAGGGUUACAAUGAAUUGUUGAAUCAAAGCAUCCAAUUUCUCUCGAAUAAAGUUUGUACAAUAUAAACGAGCCGUGAAUGAGACGUGAUCAGUCAGUUAGUGUCGGUUUGCAUUCCGUGUCGGACAGGGACGCUUCAUACCGAUUAAUUGUUCCCACGUCCUGAGCUGGAUUUAUAUUUAUACGCUAAAUAUAUACACUAAUUUUGCACUUUUGUAUAGUAUGUGUCUGCAUGACUGACAAAAUCUUUCAAGGUAUCAAAGUCUUAGUAAUAUAUUGAUUAUGAAGCUCAGGGUCUCAAGAUAAAUUUGAAAUAAUUCAAAGAAAACCAGAUUUCGUGUCAACUCCAUCAAAGUUUAUCUGUCCACAUUUACAAUAAAUGACCUAGAACUGAAGAUAAAAUUAGACAAUAGUAUCCAGCCAAGUGUAAUUUGAUACUGUGCUCCGUCAAUUGGUGAAAUUGUGGCCUAAACAGAAAACAAAUAAGAAAUAACUUAACCAAUACAAACAAAUAACUAAAAGUGUAUCGAUCACUGGAAUUUUUAGUGAAACCGACUGAUUUAUGAGACAAAAAGACAACCUUUCACAAGUGCGAAUAAGAUCACGAUAAAUGAUUUUAGUUUUGAUGAUACAUCUACAAUUAGAGUGAAUGUAGAAGAGUGGGACAAGUUUAGCCUAGUGCUAAAAACAAGGGUGAUUUCGGAUAGGAUAUUCCCGAAUUUUCGGGAGUUAAGAUAAGUGACAAGGCCCACUGAAGCUGUGGUGCUGCGAAGGGAAAGCGGACGGUUAUCACACCGUUCCGCUUUUUCGUGGCUCUCACUAGCUUGGACUCAUGUCCUUACAAGCCCCACAUGAACACAAAUGCUGAAUUGUCACCUGAAGAAGGAUCGGAGUUGUUCCUCCCUCUCUGACCUUGAACUAUGAUGAAUGAUGAAAGCAGCACAUGUGGUUCGGAUAAGCAUUACUGGGCCCCGAACUAAAAUUGAGCGCUUCACAAGGUUUCUAUUGCUCUGUUUGCAUGUGAUAAUCCUCCUCAUGUCGAUGAACGUGAAAGGAAUGCCUUCUCUGAGUGAUUCCUCGCUGUCUCUGACGUCUCCGAUGCGGAUCAAGGCGUCGGCCAACAGUAACGAGCGGGCCUACCGUCUUUACAACCAGUGUGCCAAGAGGGAAAUUCUCAUCCAGGACAAUAACCGUGUCACAGCCACCGCUACCAAUUUCGACGAUAAAGGCGAUCUGGUUCUGGAGACGACGAUGACAAAGGACAAAGACUUGAGGAUCCGAAUCCGCGGACUCAUCUCAGGCAGAUAUCUCUGCUACAACCGCAGGGGACGCUUGGUCGCUAAGCCAAAGAAGAAAGCACGAGGGAAAAAAUGCGAGUUUCUGGAGGUGCCUGGUGAUCAUUCUUCUUGGAGCUACAUGUCAGCGUUCAACAAUGACUGGUUCAUGGGGUUUGACGAUAAAGGACGUCCUCUUCAACGCUCAGACCAUUUAACGAUGGCCAGACCAAAGUGCUUCCGAUUCGAUAAAAACGCUCACGUCGUGACUCCCGGAGUGGCGCAAAAUCAAUUCAAUGUAAACAAGCAUAACAGAAAGAUUGGUCAAAAUCAUCCUCAUCUAAGGCCCGACUAUUUCUCUAACCGAGGAAAACAAAGAACAAGUACCACGACCACCACCACAGAGCCAACCACACUUAUCACGACGCCUACGACGUCACUCACCACCACCACCACACCGACGACUACAACGACAGCGUUUACAACCACCACCGAGGUCAUCAUCACGUCAACGACAACACCGAUCCCCACCACCACUGCUACAGAGCCACCACCACCGUCCCCCACCACCACUACCCCCCCUUCAGACGAGACGCCAAUAAUGGUGCAAGGGUUAGACGUCCAAAAGCUGGAAGUGGACGACCAAUUGUUCAACCCAGAAACACAUCACCUUCUGAGACACCAUCACAACCAGGGAAAGUCUCACCACUCCCACCCUCGACAGAGGCAUUUAAAGAAAUCUCAACGCAACCGCAAAAUAAAAUCCACCACUUGGAUUUCCUCUUCUUUAGUUUAGCUUAGAGUUUAGAGAGACAGACUCACAAAUAUACAAACAAUGUUCAGCCCACCAAUUCACCGCUCAUUUAAAUGUCCACUGUCAUAUUAUAACGAUGAUAAAGACUUGAUUGCGCAGUGAACGCUAGUUUUUAAGAGUAACACUGCCUAGCUAAUUAUUUUAUAGCGUCUGUACAGAAACCUAACAUUUUUCAGAGUAUGUAGAAGAAGACGACAUGCACAGUCAUCACUUGAACCUAUUUCAUUCGAGUUUUUUAAUUGUCAAAAUUUGUUGCAUUUCCCCAAUCUGCAUAAAGCUUUGUUUUUUUUUGAUGAUUUUUCUAAAUAUCCGGUGACUUAUUUUUUUCUUCUUCUGUUUCAUCAGCAAGAACAGUUCGUAUGUACUCUUUUUUUUUAAUAAAUCAGUAUUUUGUUGUUCGCAAUAGUAUUUGUACUUGAGUAGGACCAGAGUUUAUGUAAUGGCAGGAAUAUGCACCCAUUGGUGUAACCAAAUAGACAAUUAUACUACUGGUAUUUUCUCAUUAUGUGUCAAAUUAGUAACUUUUCUUUCCUCUUCUACAUACCAACCAGCGAACAACAACUUUUAGAUUUUGUCAGAUAAUGUAAGCAUUUUAUUUAACUGGAUUUGAUUAAUAGGAUGUUAAAUCCAAAUUCGGUAGCUUUAUUAUGUUCAUAAUUUUGGGGGAGAACAUUAUUUUGUAAGUAAAUGUCUAAUAUGUCACAAAAUUGUAAGUAAGAAUAAUAAUAUUCCUUUAAGGACGACACAUGUGUUCAACGUUACUCCACAACGAAGGAACAGUGGAGUUUCAAAAGUGGCAUAAUACGAGUAUACAAUAAAAACCCACAGUAAUAAUAAAAGAGUUUUACAUUUGACCCUAAUUCAUGAUUAUUAAUAUUUUGGAUAAAUAAACUCAAUACAAAUAUUUAAAUACAUA